UGUGUCCGCUACGGAAGAUGGAAAUGGAAGGCGACCCGAAAAGGGAAGGCCAAUUGGAUCCGAAGUCUUCUCGGAGUCGGGUAUUGGAUCCAAGGAUUCAGGUGUUUUCCAUGGAUGGCUGUUAACUUUUUCCUGAAAGAUAGUGUUAAAGUGGACCCUUCAUCUCUUCAAAUUCUUCAGAAUUCUGCUAAUCUCCCUAUGGUUGGGAAGCCCCUCCACGGUGUCGUCUCCGAUGCCGUUUAUAUUUCUGGCCAGCAUCGUGUUCCUUAUAUCGCCAUCGGUGCUUUCUUACAAGCAGUGUCAUGGCUAGCGAUAGCAAUCCUUUCACAGUUCAACCUUUCAAUCUUCACAAUGAGCCUAUAUCUUCUCCUCAGUAACCUUGGCGCUUCAAUAGCUGAGGUUGCUAAUGAUGCCAUUGUUGCUGAGAUGGCAAAAUCCAAAAAGGCUCAAUCAGCUUCCUCAGGUGAGCUCCAGUCAUUUGUUUGGACGGCUUCCUCUGUUGGUGGAGUCCUUGGGAACCUGUUAGGUGGCAUUGCCAUUGACAGAUUUUCGCCCCAAUCAAUGUUCCUUUUCUUUGGACUUCUGCUUGUGCUUCAGUUUUUUUUAACUAUCUCAGUUCCUGAACGCUCCCUUAACCUUCCAAAAAAUCCAUCACAUGCUGGGAUUAGGAAACAGCUUUCAGAACUUUUAGCUGCACUGGAAAAACCUGAGAUAGCUUACUCAAUAGCCUGGUUUGCUGCAUCAUAUGCCAUAAUUCCAGUCCUGACAGGAACGAUGUUCUUUUACCAAACACAGUAUUUGAAGAUUGACGCCUCUGUAUUGGGAAUUUCUAAGGUGUUUGGUCAGGCUGUAAUGCUGUUAUGGGGUGUCAUCUACAAUCGUAGCUUAAAGUCAGUCCGACCAAGGAAACUGAUUGAAGCAAUUCAGGUAACAAUGGCAGUAUUCAUGAUUUCAGAUGUAUUGUUUGCGAAAGGGAUUUAUCGACAGAUUGGGUUGCCAGACUCUCUCUAUGUUGUAGUGUUCUCUGGUGUCUUAGAAGUUCUAUUCUUCUUCAAGAUUCUGCCAUUUAGCAUUCUGAUAGCACAACUCUGUCCUCCUGGAUGUGAAGGGUCUCUAAUGGCAUUCGUCAUGUCAGCUGUAGCUCUUGCAUUCAUAGUAAGUGGAUACCUUGGUGUUGCAUUGGCAUCCUAUGUGGGCGUCACAGGAAACGAUUUUUCUGGAUUUCCUCUUGGCCUACUAGUUCAGGCAGUUUGUACCCUCCUGCCGCUAUUCUGGUCGUCAUGGAUACCUGAUGAUGUGAAAUCCAAAACCAGGACAGAAUAAAUAAUGUUGGCGCUUUCAAAA